AUGAUCACGUACAACCCUGGUCUCACCGCGCCAAGGACGCUUUUAGCAAGUGUCGGGGUGGUGCUAGCUGUGUUGGUGUUCUACAUCCAGUCUGGACACAAGGACCUUGAGAUAUCCCUGAAUGGUCUCUGGACGGUCACCAAUGCCAACAAAUCAAUCUCUGUGACCGGUGACAUUCCCGGUGGAAUCUACAUGAUCCUUCACCGUAACAAUGUCACCCAGCAUCCGUAUCACGGUUUCAACGGAGAAGUUGCUUGGGUGGCUAUGGACAACUGGACCUUCUCCAGAACGUUUGACGCCCCAUCAGACGUGCUGAAGUUCAAGAGGAUAAACCUAGUGGCGCAUGGGCUGGACACGGUCUGUGACGUCAGAGUCAACGGGGCCCUUCUCAUCUCUUCCACCAACAUGUUCGUGCGGUAUGUGGCCGAUGCCAAGAACGUGCUAAAGAAAGAAAACAAGAUAACGGUGCAGUGCGAGUCCGCAGUGAACUAUGCGCUACGCCAACACAAGCUUCAGGCUAGCUUCUACCCUGUGUAUCCGUUGUGCCCGCCGUCGCACCACAAGGGCUUCUGCCAUGGCAACCACAUCCGGCGCGUUCAGAGUGGAUUCGGCUCGGAGCUGGGACCGGCAUUUCCAUCGCAGGGUAUCUGGAAACCAAUCAACCUCGAACCUUACAAUGAAGUACUCAUCCGCGACAUGACAGUUGUCUCUAGAGUGGAAGUGCUGGAAAACGGGACCGACCAGUGGUCUCUCGGCGUCACCAUCUACACGGAGACGGCCUCGUACGAGGCGAGAAACGGGACACUCGUCUUCCAUCUGGAUGGACACGUGCUGGGCGACUACAAUGACAUUCACUUCGAAACCACAGCGAACACCGAACGAAACCUCUCAUUUGACCUCACGGUUCCCCUGUCCUUGAAUGUAAAGCGAUGGUGGCCUAACGGCUAUGGUGAGCCCAAUCUCUACACUCUCCGAGCGACUAUCAGCGCCAAUGGCGAAUCAUACACGAAAUCAGCCAGGUUCGGCUUCAGAACGGUGCGACUUGUGGAGGAUCUGCUCGGUAGAAGUAAAACACCUUCCACCGCUGCAGAGAAGAACGGAGCGGAGUUCUACAUUGAGGUGAACGGCGUGCCCAUCUUCGCCAAAGGCAGCACUUGGAUUCCCGCGGACAGCUUCCCAGAAACGGUGACUCCGGAACGCCUCCAUAGUCUUCUGCACUCAGCAAAGAUGGUGCACAUGAAUAUGCUUCGUGUGUGGGGAGGAGGGUACUACGAGUCCGACGAAUUCUACGACCUGGCGGACGAGAUGGGCAUCAUGGUUUGGCAGGAGAUGAUGUUCGCCACCAGCCUCUAUCCGGCGCACAACAAGUUCCUCGCAGACGUCAGCGUUGAAGUCCAGCAGCAGGUUCGUCGCUUGCAACGCCAUCCAUCCAUUGUCCUGUGGGCCGGUAACUACGAGAUUGAGCAAGGAAUCGCUUCGAAGUGGUGGCCGGAGAUGCUGCUUCGUGAUAUGCGACACAGACUCGACUACCACCUGCUCUUCAUCGGCACCAUACAGAAGAUAGUGGAGCACGAGGACGGCUCACGACCUUACAUCCUGUCCAGCCCAACAAACGGCAACGCCAGCUUCAACGAAGAAGCCAUUGCCGCAAACCCAAACACCAGGCGCUACGGUGACGUUCAUCACUUCAACUAUCACGAUGACGGUUGGGUCUUCCAGAACUACCCCAUGGCCCGCUUUGUGUCCGCGUAUGGCUUCACAUCGUACCCUUCGCGAGAGUUGAUGGAAAAGUACGUUGACAGCAACGACACCAAGGAUGCCAUCUCACCGGAGUCCCAAUUUCUGAAGCACCGAGAUCACAGGACUGGAGGAAAGGAAGAGGCUUCACGUAACUUCCACAAACACUUCCGCUUCCAGAUGGAAAGUGGUGAAAAGGGCUACGAUAUGGUCUCUUACCUAACGCAGCUGCAACAGGCCGAGUCCAUACGCAUAGCCACCGAGUACUUCCGCCGGAACAGGGCUCAUUUGGAUAACAAGAAUUACGGACACACUAUGGGUGCCAUGUACUGGCACCUCAACGACAUGUGGCCCGGUCCUAGCUGGUCUUCCAUUGAGUAUGGUGGACGUUGGAAGAUGCUGCACUACUUCGCUCGGAGCUUCUUCAGCCCGGUGCUGUUGUCGGCAUUCCUUGAGUGGAGGUAUCUGACGGCCACGCUUAAGGUUUGGGUCGUCAACGACCUGCGACGCAAUCUCGGUCCAGUGAAACUCUCCAUUAAGCAGUACGCAUGGACGCAGUUCGAAGUGGUCAAGGAGGACACUUUCGAAAUCAGCGAUGUGCCUAACGGAACGGCAAUUCAAGUGUUCGAGAACAAGCUCAAGCCGAUGAUCGACGAGAACAUGUGCGACGACGAGCGCUGCUUUCUGUGGUGCUCGCUGCGGGACAGCAACGGGAACCUGCUGGCUCCCGAGUCGUUUGUCUGGCCCUCUACGCCAUACCUGUCCAAGCACAAAAAGGGGGCGGUCACGAUCGUAUCCGUCUCGGGUUCCGGUCGCCUGUCGUUUGCACAGUCGAGGAAGACCUUCAAGGUACACUUGAGAGCCAAGAAGAUUGCCCUGUACGUUUGGCUGGAAGCACCCGGCAUUCAGGGCUACUUCCAGAAAAAUGGCUUCAUCAUGAGGCAACGAAACCUGGUCGUCGAAUUCAAAACGACCGCUGACGUGGACGCCGCGAAGCUGAAAGAGAUAAUGAAGGCGACCUCGCUCACCGACUACACAAAAGCUAAGCCGCUGAACCGACGUCCUGAAGAUUGCCGAGCUCGCAUCAUCGCAGGGCCCGUCCUCGCAAUAGACCUGCUCCGGGACAUAGGUCUGGUGUUUGCUCUGGCUCCAGGCGUGGGCUGUGGCUCAGUGUGCCUUGACCGAGAGCGGGCGCGAGAACGGGAGCGGGACCUGGGUCACCCAUGCACCUCUCCCUCUAGCAACGAAAAGUCUUGUCUUUGCCUAUAG